AUGCUCAAGCCACGAAAUAAUUCCAUGCUCCGCACACUACCUCGUCAACCCAUAUGCCGCCUCCCACUGACGUCUAUUCGGCGGGCGGGCACUGGGACCGCUAAUUGGGAUGGGAGACAAGCGGACGAGCAUAUAACAAACCGUGAUGAUCAUCUCAACGUCCAAAGCUCGGCAUCAAAGUCUGGCCAAAAAGAUCGAUCCGGGGGUGAAGGGCAUAGCCAAGCGACUACACAACAGGACAAGGGGAAUCAGAACGAGCAGGCCAAGAAAGACCACCCGGAAGCGCCAGGGCCUGUCAUUGGCAUGAACGACGAAAGGGGAGGGCUAUUGGCGGCAGUAUGA